CGGGUCAUCCCAGGAAGUAAUGCGUACUGCAGAAUGGUUGUGAUGUUAGCUGCCAGCUAGCAUAAAUUAUCUACAAAAAGGAAAGCUGUUUAAAGUGAAUAAUUGGAAAAAAUACUGUCCUUACAUGUUUUGGUGAUUAAAACAUUUUUAUUCAGUGCUGGUACUCAUGGCGUCUACACUGGAUUUCAGGACCCUUGUGGACCAGUCGUGCGAGUAUUCAGAGGCGUUUGUCACUAUUUAUUAUGACAGCAUGGACAAGAAACGGAGGAAUCUGACGCGGCUCUACCUGGACAAGGCGACCUUGGUGUGGAAUGGAAAUGUAGUGUCGGGCCAGGAUGCUCUUGGCGACUUUUUUGAGACGCUACCAUCGAGCGAGUUUCAGAUUCAGACACUGGAUUGUCAGCCUGUCCACGAACAAGCAACUCAAGGCCAGACCUCACUGCUUGUGGUGACUGGUGGAACUGUAAAGUUUGAGGGGAACAAACAGCGCUUCUUCAACCAGAACUUUCUUCUAACCGCUCAGUCUUCACCCAACAGUGACCAGCCCGUUUGGAAGAUUGCCAGUGACUGUUUCCGUUUCCAGGACUGGAACAGCUGAGGCUCCAUUGACCUGUUUAAAUUUUUUUUUUUCCUCCACUGUACUUGUCGGCUUAUCAGUGAUGAUUAUGUAAAAUUAAAAUGCAGUUUAGUUUUUGAUUGUCAAUACAAUGUUUUGUAAUAAUAAUAAUAAAAAUAAAAAAGAGACAGACAACA